AUGUCGAGGCCUCAGAUGAUUCGCGCUGAUACCUUGGACCUUCAAGACCAUGAUGCCCCGUCGGCGCAAGACCACUCGAAGCAACCUCAACAUCCAGAUCCCCUUGGUGGCGGCCGGCCUGCCCCCCAUCAGUCCUCCUCUAUUCGUCAUGCCGAAGAGGACCUGAAGUCGGAGAUCACGAACGGUCCUGGGACCGACAGCGCCAGCGUGUACGAUGAUGACGACAUCGAGGCGGACGUGGCUGGAAAUGCCGACUACGAUCAUGAUGAUAGCGACCUGGCGGAUGGUGAAAGUGACGAUCUCAUGGACGAUGAUCUCAUGGACAAAAUAUCGAGUUCUCCGUCAAUUGACGAUGAGGAUAUUGAUUUCGAAUUCGUUUACGCGCUCCACAAUUUCGUCGCAACCGUUGAUGGACAGGCAAACGCCGCCAAAGGAGAUACUAUGGUGCUGCUAGAUGACAGCAACAGCUAUUGGUGGCUUGUCCGUGUGGUGAAGGAUGGAAGCAUCGGGUACCUACCGGCAGAACACAUCGAAACGCCCACCGAGAGACUUGCCAGAUUGAAUAAACACAGGAACGUCGAUCUAUCUGCAACGAUGUUAGGCGAUAACUCGGAGAAGUCCAAGAAUCCUCUGAAGAAAGCUAUGCGUCGGCGAAAUGCAAAGACUGUCAACUUCGCCCCACCAACUUACAUCGAAGCGUCCGAUGUCGAAUAUUCUACCGACGAGGAUGACGAGCACGGUGAUUUUUUCAACGAUGACGAAACCGUGGAAUCCGAAGAUGAAGGCCAGGAGCAGAAUGAGGACAUCGUUGUGGAGCCUCUCCGGCCCAAGGGACAGAGAGAAAAAUCUUCAGAAAAGACCGAAGGCGCUGAGGCUGAAGACAGGGCUGAACCUGAGCAGUCAAUCUCGGACCCUCGUCGGUCGAGCGAGGAGUUCUUUGACCCAGAAGUGGAACCCGCCGUCAGUAGAUCCAGAAAUGGCACUGUGCGGAAUACCGAUUCUUUCUUCAAGGAUGACACUGCCGAGCCAAAGAAGAUUUCCUUAACCCCGAAUCUGCUACGCGACGAGUCCAACAGCAAUAACAAUAGCAAUAACAGCCUACUCAAUGAAUGGAAGGAUGGCCGCGGAAGCUUUGAAAGCAUCGAAAAAGCAUCCUCGUCGCAAGAAAAACUCAGCAAGGAUGACAAGAAACGCAAGGACAAGAAACCCGGGAUGCUUAGUGGGCUCUUCAAGCGUGGCAAGAAGAAUAAGUCGACAGACGAAGACAUGGAUGAGCCCUUGUCCCCUGCUGAUUCUUCAUUCCGCACAUCUCCGAAGACAUCUAUGGAGUCCACAAUGUCCCAGGAAUCUCGAACCAGACCCACGAGGCAGGCUAGCAACAAGUUGCAGAAGCAGCCUCCAGCGGCCAUGUCUCCCACCUCUCCCACCUCUCCCGCCGAUCAGACCCAGGACAUUGAGUCCGCUCUCGCAAGCCAGGCGGCUCCUUCAAUCCGACAGGUCACAACAACCCAGGAGGUGGAAAGCUUCGAGGAAGAAGACCGUAAAGCGGUGGCCUCUCCUGCCGGUCAAUCAAGCCCCUCGAAGGAUUCCUUUGCAACCCCUAUGGAGUCUCGGGAUCCGUUCGCGUCUCCAGAGGAUCGAUCAUCCAGCGAAGCGCACUGGAGGGAACCUUACAGUUCCGACCGCACAGCGACUAUUCAGCAUUCUGUGGUAUCCCCACCCCAGAGGUUUGUACCGACAAUGGGCACAAGCUAUCAUAGCAGUGGAUCGGAAUCCCCCGUCAAUAUCUUCCCGGCCGAAGGCCAUAUUCCAAUUAGUGCCCCUGGUUUGACCCCAGAUACUACGCAGCGAGGCUAUUCUGUGUCGCCGCCUUCCCCUCCGUCGUCCCCUGAGGCCGAUUCCCACGACCUCAAGGGUACCGACGCAACCCAGGGUUCACUUGAUACACUUUCAGUGGAUACCCCCACCUGGAGUGAUGCCAGUCUACGAUCAUACAUGGACGAAGAAAACGAUAUUCGCGACCUUUUCAUUAUUGUCCACGACAAAUCCAAUAUUCCCCCGGCCGGUCCCGAGCAUCCUGUCACAGGACGUCUGUUUAAGGAGGAGAGCAAGAGGCUCAAAGAAAUGAACAACCAACUCGACGAUAUGCUUGUGAAAUGGAUGGCCCAGCGGGCACGCCGCAAUUCCCUGCGAAGCGUGCAGAGUCCGACCUCUUAG